AUGCCUGGCGAACGCCUCCUUCCCUUCCGCGCCGCCCAGCUGCCCACUCCCGUCAAGCCGGGCGAAAACGCCAUCAAGACCACCAAGCGCAUCCACGGCCUCAUCUUUGAUCAGAAUGUCGACAUCCCCAUCCCGCGAAUCGACGGCACAGACUGCUGCAGGUGCAACGUCUACCGCCCAGAGGAUACCGACAAGGGCAAGAGGUACCCCGUCAUCAUGACCCACGGACCCUACGGUAAAGACAUCCCCUACAGCGAAUUCUACCCGCAGUCGUUCGAGGAGCUGCCAGAAAGCCAAAAGUCGUCGCUCUCGGCGUGGGAGACUCCCGAGCCCACCUACUGGACAAAGCAGGGCUACGUCGUCGUCCGCGUAGACGAGCAGGGCACCGGAGAGUCGCCCGGAUUCCUCGACACCAUGUCCGACCAGACCGCCAACAACUUCUUCCACUGCAUCGAGUGGGCCGCCUCUCAGAGCUGGUCCUCGGGCAAGGUCGGUCUGCUCGGCAUCAGCUACUUUGCCGGCAGUCAGUGGCGAGCCGCCGCCAGGAAGCCCAAGGGACUCGCCUGCAUCGUGCCCUGGGAGGGCAUGUCUGACUUCUACCGCGACCGCGCUAGGCACGGCGGCAUCCUCUCCAACGGCUUCAUCGCCCUGUGGCAGAACUAUCAGGUCAACACCCACCAGUACGGAAGGCCGCCCGCACCCAAGCCCGGAAAGACGUGGGGCCCCGGCCAGAACGCCCGGCCCGGAAACGUCGAGGGCAGCCUCUCCCCCGAGCAGCUCAAGGCCAACCGAACCGACCAGACCAGCGACAAUGCCGUCAACUUCUACAUGGACGACGACUACUACUCGUCGCGCGACUACAGCCUCUCGGACAUCGACGUGCCGCUGCUCAGCGUCGGAAACUGGGGCGGCAUCACCCUCCACCUCCGCGGCAACGUCAUGGGCUACCUGGGCGCAUCCUCCCGCAACAAGUGGCUCUGGUUCAUCACCGGCCGCCACGACCUCCCCUUCUACCUGCCCGAGCGUGUCGAGCUGCAGAAGUCCUUCCUUGACGCCUUCCUCCACGACAACGACACGCGCGGCUGGCUCAAGGGGCCGAAUGCCGAGGGUGGCGUGCCCGCAGUCAACCUCGCCCUGCGCAAGGGUGCGCCCAAGUUCAACACCAUCGAAGGCGACCGCAGCUUCCCCGAGCGAGCAGAGACCCAGUGGCCCCUUCCGCAGACGCGCUACACGCCGUACUACCUGUCGCGUGACGGCAGCCUCCGCGCCUCGUCCGACGAGGUCGAGGCGGGCCAGGUCAGCUACCGGUCGCUCGAGAGCGACGGACUCACGUUCAACGUCAAGUUUGACAAGGAGACCGAGAUCACGGGCCACCCAACCCUCCGCCUCGUGACCAGCAUCGCUGCCGCAGACGGCGCCGCGACGGUGCCGAAGGACCUCGACGUCUUCCUCACGCUCCGCCACCUUGAUGCUGAGGGCAAGGAGAUCUUCUACACGGGCACGGCGGGUGACCCGUGCCCGGUGACCAAGGGCUGGCUGCGCGCCUCGGUCCGCAAGGUUGACGCAUCCAAGUCGAACGGGUACUACCAUCAUCGCGAAUACCUGCGCAACGAGGCGGCGCCGAUCGAAGCCGACAAGCUCCACGCCAUCGAUAUCGAGAUCUGGCCCACGAACGUCGUCGUUGCCGCCGGAAACACACUGCAGCUCGAAGUCGGACCCAAGGACCAGCAGGGCCACAGCGUCUUCCCGCACAAUGGCGAGACAGACAGGACGAAGGAGAAGCUCGAAGGACAGAAUGUGCUGCACCUCGGACCAGUCAGCAGGGCGCAAGUGGAGUGCUCCGGUAUCAAUGACAAGGCGGAGGGUCUCAAAGACCAAGGUCAAGAACUCAGGAGCGCCCUGGUCUUGCCCAUCAUUGCCUGA